AUGGUUCAACCCGGACAGAGACAGAGACAUAAUUUUAAAAUAAAUCCCGGCAUAUUCCCCGAUGCUACCAGAAGAAGACCCCGUCGAUCCAGACAAUAUGGUGGUACGGUGGCACCCCCAACGGGACAAAAACCCCCGGGUCUUAGAAUUGGUGAUAUAUUACAGAAUGCUGUCGCAUCCGCCGUUCUAAAGGGUCAAAAUGUGGUAAAACGAAAAACGAGAAAAGUUAAAAGUUAUACAUUAGAACGCAAAAAACAAGUGGAAAGAAUGAAAGAAAGACAAAGACGUGGUGCUACUCAAAAAGGAGGACGUAUAGCUUCGGGGGGUAGAAAACCCAUAAAUCAUAUGCCUGUAGUUUAUCAAUAUCAUCAAUAA